AGAUCCAGUCUCAGCUUCGCAUGGUGACACACGGCGAAGGGGGUUUCACCGUCUUUGUAGGUCUUAACGGCUCAAGGGAAGAGCUGGGGCUUGAGCCCACCAAUUACUUCAUGUACCUAGGAAAUGACCUGGAUGAAAUAAUGAAUCGCUACCUGGCUUCUUCCAGAGAAGAAGCUGCCAAGAACAUCCCUUUCCUGUUUGUCACCUGCCCGUCGGCCAAGGACCCCACCUGGGAAACGAGGCACCCAGGUAAAUCCACACUGUCCGUCGUGACCUUCGCCAAAUACGAGUGGUUUGAGGAGUGGAAGGACAAGCAGGUCAAUAAGCGGGGAGAUGAGUACGAGGAGUUGAAGACGACCUUUGUGGACAGCGUCAUGGAGGCUGUCUUCAAGCUCUACCCUCGCAUCAAGGACAGGAUCGAGUACAUGUCCGGAGGGACGCCCCUCACCAACCAGCACUACAUCGCCAGCCCCAGGGGGGAGAUCUACGGCGUCGACCACAGCAUCGCCCGCCUGCAAGCCGAAGCCAUCGCCGCCGUGAGGGCGCAGACGGCCGUCCCCAACCUCUACCUGACAG